AUGGCCACAGCGAGUACCUCAGGGCAAAGCUCAUUUGGACUGAGCAGGAGGAAGAAGGCCCCUGGCCUGAUGGAUCAGAUUAGCACGUUCUUUGGAGGUGACAAAAAUAAAAGGGGCAAGGGGUCCUUCCGGGGUCAUGCCACCUCCCCCAAGCCAGCCCCUCGACGUCGGGCUAAUGAGAAUGCCGUAAUGCAUUUCUUCAGGAGCUUGAGCGUGACAGCCUCUCCCCGUCCCAAGUCCAGGAGUGAGCUGUCCAGGGUGUAA